CCCCCCCUCCCCCCCCCCCCUCUUCAAUCACGCUUCCCUGGCCUUCUAUGCAUACUUUACUGUGUUAUUUAAAACGAUACCUCUAAGAAUUUUAGCACACUGACAAACGCUCAGCCACUACGGGCUGCUGCACGUACUCCUACGUUUUUCUUUCAGCAAUAAUUGAGGAGUUUCAGUCCACUAUUACAUGUGCUUUUAAUAAAAUGGAGAAUAUGGUUCAGGAAGAUGUUGACAAGAAGAAUUAUCUAAUACCUACAGCCAUUAGUGCUGAGUUCAAACAACUUGAAAAAAUGGUGGCAGAUGUCAUUGCGACCCUCAACAAGAUGCAGGUAGGGAGAUUUCGCAUUUCCCUCUGCUCUAUUAUUAAUUUUGUUUCUCUAUUACUAGAAUUCUGAUCUAAUGCAAUUUUUUUUUCACCAGCUGCCCGCAGAGGCAACAGGUUUCCUCGAUGAUGUAAGUAUACUGCAGCUUGUACAGCUUUUGUCUUUGUUUUCAUCUGUAUCUCUUAAAUGUUUUUCAUUAUUUCAGACCACUGUAACCGAGGUGCCCUCUUAUUCUCAAGGAGAUGAUUCCCAGGGGGAAUCAGUCAAUGAUAGUGAUUGCUUUAUCAGUAAAGAUGUAAGGAAUAAUGAAAUCCAGUGUGAUUUUUGUUACUCAUGCCUUGGCAAGUAACUGUUAGUCAAUUCUAUUCUACUACUUAUUCUUUUGCAGGAUAACAUUGUCGAGAAACAAAACCAAACAAACAAAGUUAAGUUUCCUUCUAGUUCCUUGUCCAGUGCGCAUGUUUAUAGGUGAACAGCUUGCUUAAGCUACCACUUGCAUUUAGCAAAUGAUGAUUAACUUUAAGAUUUGCAGGCCACAAACAGGCUUACUCUCAGCAGCCGGACCACAAGACAGCAGAAACCCAACCGACAAAAAUAAUCAGGAACCCACAGAGGACGAAAUGUGUGCAAUCUGCCUCGGACCGAAGAAAGACAAAAUGACAUUAGAAUGCAACCACUCAUUUUGUAAAAUUUGUAUCAACAAGUGGAUUGACUUCGCAGGGAAUUGCCCCAUCUGCAAACGUGAUGUGGACGUUUGCGAAGUUCCUUUCUGACUUGUUUCAAAGUGCAAUUAUCAGUUUCAAUUAUUGUAUUUUUUAAAAUUAUUUUAGACCUUUUAAAAUGGGUUAAUUACCUUGAACUAUUGUUUAGAUGUUGAAGUAUUCGAAUCAAGUAAUGUACAUCUUGAUAUAUUUUUUAAUUGUGCAUUUGCUAAUAUUCAUUUUUGCUAAAAUUUGAUACGUUGAAUUGUAAUUAAAAGUUUAUGGAAACUUUGGAGCGAGUGGAUCUUACUUCAAACCCGCUCCCCCCAUUUCUGCAGUCAGUAAUGGAGAGUUAAUAAAUCAGAACUCGACUCAUGGAUGAACAGAAAGUUAAGCAGAUGGUGACAAAGGAAACAGUAAAAUAGACAUGGGUAUUGUAAUGUAUCCAAACCCCGCUGUCAAUUUACACAUGGUCGUUGUGACAGUGAUUCUAUAAUGAGACCUUAAUGCAGAUCUGUAAAUCCCGUACACAAACCUUUUAAUAACAGAACUUAAAUGUCUGUUAUGACAUGCUAUUUAAAACAUGAAGAUGAGUCAAAUUGACCAUUCUGUUGUCCCUUACUAAAUGACCUGUGUGAGGUCACAAAAUAUUACACCAGAUGGAUUAUUUUCAGCAAUGAGGAAAACAGGGAAUUUUAAUGGUAAAGAUCAGUAAUAGUUGUUUUGUUUUUUUUUAAUUUUAUUUUUAAAAAACAGAAAUACUUUACAAUCUUUUCUCUGGAAUUUUAAAAAGUAUUAGAAAGGAGUAUCACAAACACAAGACAUUAUUAAAAAGCCAUCACAUAAAAUUCCCAAAAAAAAGUUUGACAGUGUCAAAUAUUUCAAAAGAAACUCCUAUAUACAAUGUAUUUGUUGCUCUUGAGCAAUGAAACAUCCAGGGAUAAAGAUUCUUAUUGAGUUUCAAUCCACUUCUACAGAACUAAGUAGAGCAACACUUGUGACUAUUGUCUGAGCACAAAUGUGCCUCUUGCAUAGAACAUAAGUACACACAUUUAUGAGAAUGAGAUGGGAAAGAGCCAAAUUAAUCUGGAGGAGGUAGAAACGGUCCAUUGGGAAGAUA